CGGCCCCCGCGCCGGCCCCGGCCCGCCCCUCCGCCCCGGGCCGCCCAUAAAACGGGCCCCCGCUCCGCCGGCCCCCGCUCCGCGGCCCCGGCCAUGGCCAAGGACCAGCUGAAGCCGCGGCUGUGCCGCAUGCUGAAGGGGGAGAGCGGCUACGGCUUCCACCUGCACGGCGAGAAGGGCAAGAGCGGGCAGUUCAUCCGCAAAGUGGAGCCCGGGUCGCCGGCCGAGGCCGCGGGGCUGCGCGCCGGGGACCGCGUCGUCGAGGUCAACGGGCUGAACGUGGAGCAGGAGACGCAUCACCAGGUUGUGCAGCGCAUCAAAGCGGUGGAGUCGGAGACGCGCUUGCUUGUGGUGGACAAGGAGACGGACGAGUACCUGUGCAGCCUGCGCCUGACCUGCACGGAGGAGAUGGUGCACAGUGGGAUCCUGCUCAACUCGGGCCCCUCGCCCACCAAGUCAGUGGGCAGUGACAACGGGGAGGUCUGGAAGCCACAGCUGGAGCUGGGCGGGGGCAGCCCCCAGCGCCACGCGCGCGGCUUCUCCUCGCACAGCAGCAGGAAGGAUUUAAACGGGCAGAAGGAGCUGUGCCCACGUCUCUGCCACCUGAAGAAAGGCCCCAAUGGCUACGGCUUCAACCUGCACAGCGAGAAGUCGCGGCCAGGGCAGUUCAUCCGCUCGGUGGAUCCCGACUCCCCGGCCUCCCGGGCGGGGCUGCGGCCCCAGGACCGGCUGGUGGAGGUGAACGGGAUAAACGUGGAAGGGCUGCGGCACUCGGAGGUGGUGUCCCACAUCAAGUCCCGGGAGAGCGAAGCCCGGCUCCUGGUGGUGGACCCUGAAACAGAUGAUUACUUCAAGAAGCUGGGGGUGACCCCCACAGAGGAGCACAGCAAAGGUUUGGUGCCGCAGCCCAUGACAAAUGGAUCUGCCCAGACCCAGCUGAAUGGAGGAUCCACAUCUUCAUCUCACAGUGACCUUCAAAGUCCUGGGAAGGAAUCAGAGGAUGGAGAUGUGGAGAAGAGGGACCCAUUUGAGGAGAGCGGCCUGAGCCUGAGCCCCACGGCUGCCGAGGCCAAGGAGAAGGUGCGGGCCAAGCGGGUGAAGAAGAGGGCUCCACAGAUGGACUGGAACAAGAAGCGAGAGAUUUUCAGCAAUUUCUGAUCCUUGCUGGUGGUCCCUGUCUGCUGCCCUCCUGCCCUGCCCCAGCUCGGACGUUUCUGAGGUGCCUACGCCCUGUCCUUCAGUGUCCACGUGAGAUGCUUUGUGCUCUGCUCUUCACUGGUUGCUUUUACAAGGUGUAUUUUAAAGUCCUUUUUUUUAUUUUAUAUUUUAUUAUUAUUAUUAUUAUUGUUGUUGUUGUUACUCACCAGCGAUUCUCAUACGACAAACGUGACCAAAGCUCCUUGCUCACCCUUCAGCCCAGCUCUGGCUGCCUGCCGUCCCCGUUCCUAUGAGAAAAGACUGGAAUUGUUUAGCUCCUGUUUCUUACCUGCAUCAUUUAGGCUUCUAUUAUAUUUUUUUAUUAUUUGGGGUGUUUGUUUUGGUUUUGUGAGUGUCCCAGACUGAGCCCCGUGGGAUGCUCUGUGCCCCUGUGCAAGCAUCUUACAGCCUUGUGCCCCCACUGUGGGGGAGACCCAAAGGAUGAGGUGUACCUGGCACCCCAUCUGCUCACAUGGUGGGAAAAUGGACAGUGGCUGUGAAUUGCUCUUGUUGGCUUUGCUAUUGAAAAAGUUUAGUUGU